AUGUCCAGUAAAAAAGGUGUAAAAGGUAUUGAAGUGUAUACAUCUCAACCAUGGGAAUUGGUAAAGACAACAUUUCUAGUAUUUACAUGGAUUAUAUUGGGUAUUCAUUUGGAAUUAGUUGGUCCAACAAUAAAUAUAUUGGCUCGACAAACUCAAGUUGCAUAUGCUGGAAUAAGUACUAUAUUAAUAACACGUAGUGCUGGUUACAUGACUGGAAAUAUAGUUGGAGCAAUAACACAAAAUAUUGUUAAACAAUAUCCAGAAGGUUUAUUAUCAUUUGCAUUUUUGAUUGCAGCUAUUGCUGUUCUUGCAACACCAGCUAUUUAUAAUUUAUAUAUACUUUCAAUAGUUUUUUUCUUUCAAGGAAUUUCUCAAGGAGUAUCAGAUCUUGGUGGAACAAGUUUAAUGUUAACAAUGUGGGGUGAUAAUGUUGCUGCACCACUUAAUAUUGUUCAUUUAGGUUAUGGUUUUGGUGCUGUUUUUGCUAAUUUAUUUGUUCUACCAUUUCUUGAAAAAGAUGAAUCAAAUAUUCUAGUACCAUAUUCAAUAACAGCAUUUCUUUGUUUAAUAAUAGCAAUUGGUCAUUUAAUAUUUUCAAUACGUGAACAUAGAAUUCGACGUGAAGCUCUUAAAAAUCGUCCAAUAGAUUAUGUAUCAGUAUCAACAUCAGCUAUUAAUGAAAUAAAAGAGAAUAAAGUUAAAAAUGUAUCUCCAUAUUCUCCACGAUCAUGUGGAAAUGGUUAUUUUGCUUAUGGUUUAUUAAUGUCAAUUUUUUGGAUUUUUUAUAUGUUUUUUCUUAGUGGAAAUGAUCAAACAUUUGGAAAAUUUUUUUUUGCAUUUCUUAAAACAUCAGGAUUUUCAAUUUCAACAUCAGGUGCUCUUUGGGCAAUGGUUAUUUAUUGGCUUUCAUAUUCGGUUGGUCGUUUAGUAUGUGCAGUAAUAACUGUGUUUGUACCAGUUCAUAAAGCUUUAGCUGGUCUAUGGAUUUGCGGAUUGAUUUUAGCAAUAACAUGGUUUAUAUAUGUAUGGAUAAUUGGUUUAACAAGCACAAAUCUUCUUGUUCUUGGAGCAUUUACUGGCUUUGUUUUUUCUCCAACAUUUCCAUUAUCAUUUGCAUUUAUAAAUCAACGAUUAAAUGUCAAUCCAUUACUUGUAGGUCUUCUUUUAUGUGGUGCAGCAUUUGGUGCUAUGACAUUUCAAAAAAUAGCUGGUGUUGUAUUGGAUGGUAAUCCAAAACAGUUUCCAUUAUUAUUAAUAGCAUGUGUUAUAUUAGCAAUAAUACUUUUUGUUAUCGCAUUAGUAAUUAGUUCAAUUCAUCAAAGAAAAUUAAAUUCAAAUAAAAGUUCUCUUCCAACAUCUGAUAAUAAAAAUCUUUCAAAAAAAAGUGAAGAAGAACAACAAAUGGAAACAUUAUUUGAACAUUAUUCUAUAAUAGAUCAUAUUAAAUCAAAUAUUAAAUUUGUUUAUCCUUACUUUAUUAAAUAA